UAACAAGUGGAGGUGACGCAGUCAUAGCAUCGAGGGUGUGACCCAUACCUUCAUAUGGUUCUGAUGGAAGAUAUGAUAGUUUGACAGAACCACUGCGAGCCAAGUUAAGAGUGCAGACGUAGACAGAGCCCGUCCACAGCACGAUGAGGACCUCCCAGUGCCAAACCCACGCUCGUGACAGCGUGACGAGCGGUUCGCCAAGCGUCCACAGUAGAGUGCCGAGUCCACCGAGCACCGCGACUCUGACCCUCGCAGCUCUCCUUAUCUUAGCCAUCACGUCCUGCAAAAGUGCACCACCACAAGUUCAACAAGCAACAAUACACCAGAAUCUGAUUUUCAGCCAGUUAGAUGACGUGUGCUCAUCCUACCUCUUUGCAAACCUGCCGUUACAGGAAACUGAUACCUUAGUGGAACUCUGUGUCAUGAUGCUUGUGCAGAAAUCAAAGGCACUGAAAGGGAGAGAAAAAAAUAAAAGGCCGCAAGUCAGUGGCUUAUCAGAGGGAUUGCUUAUACCUCAAGUCCAUACCAGAAGAGACAGAGGAGUUUCAGUCCAUGAUGAUCUUCAGGGACAUACAGGCAUCCAGAGCCGAGGCUUCUUCCUCUACCGUCCAAGAAAUGGAAGAAGAUCCCAAGAAUAAGAGGAAUGAAAGACCUACUCAUGACGGGAGAGCGCCGUCACUGACUCUGAAACUGAGACCCAAACUGCUGCACAGCCACAAAGAGAGCCAGACUUCUAACAUGCAUUCGUGUGUGUGUGUGUGUGUGUGUGUGUGUGUGUGUGUGUGUGUGUGUGUGUGUGUGUGUGUGUGUGUGUGUGUGUGUGUGUGGGUGUGUGUGUGUGAGACAUCUAAGUGAACCUACACAAAUCAUCAACUGAUUUGUUUGUUGUUCUGACCAAAUUAUUGUGUUACCCAUGUGCAUUUAUUUAAUUAAAAUGCUGCAGGUGAUUUACUGUAUCAACUCUUUCAUCGUAAUGCACAUCAUUGUUUGAAUUCGCUAUUAGAGACUUCUAAAUAUAUGUGCGUUAAUAUAUGAACAUACUGUGCAGUCUACGGUUAUGGUAAAUUAACUCACCAAAAUAUAUAUUUUGCCAAAGCAAACAAUAUGCUAACAAAUUAUUUCAUAUGAAUGGGAUCAGUUUACUAUUACAUAAGCAUAAGAAAAUCGGACUUGUUCCUUAGAAGUUGAUAAUAAAAAAGGUUUUCAUUUCUGUAUCCAACCAUGUUAUUUUCAAAUUCUGAGCUGGAGGCACAAACCACACACAUUUGUCAAAAACGGACUUGUGCUAAUGUGUUCAUGUUUUAUGUUCAUGUGUUUCAAGAUUUGUUGCAAACAACCCUUGUUUAUGAAUUUGCUAAUCUCUAUAUUCAAUCUGAAGAAAAAAUAAAUAAAUAAAACAAC